CUAGCCUGGUACUGGUCUCAUGGGGUAAUGCUGACUUUGUCACGGAGUAGUUUAGCAAAGGCAAAGCCAAUGCCUACAGGGCUGUUUGCUCCGGUGAUGACUGCAGUGGACAUCUCGGCUUCGAAUGCGGGUUGUGUUGUCCUGUGGAGUGCUAUCUGAACUUACCUCAAGGUCAUUGAUGCCCUCGUUCACACCGUGGCUUGAUAGGGAAUCCGAGAUUGAGAUGGCAUUACUAAUGCGACCAGGCGCCCCGGCCCCGGCCCCAGCACUUGUGCAAGGGUGCCUAGACAGUAGUCAAAUGACGUGCUGGGAGUCAAUACAAAGAGACCCACUGUUAUUGGUAAAGGAGCUGUUCUUCGCAUGGGCCGUCGGUCCGGUGGAGGAUCAUUACUUCAUUCCAGGAAGGUGGCGGCAUGAAUGGUCUUGCGGAAAGCGGGGAGAUGCCUGUAGGUUUUUCACUCCAGGGGGGGGAGCAACCGCACGGGCAGCACAAAAUACAGGCCAAUGCCUACUCGACGCCUGGAACGCGACCCUAUUGGGCGGGGAUCUCAAGCCCUUUGGGCGGGAUCCUGCUAAACAUUAUCGUCAUUGACUAGUACACCCCUGGUUGCUACACCAAAGAAACCCUCAUCUCCUCUCCAUCACUUCUCUGGUCGCAUUUCACAAUUUUGCGACGCAUUGCAUUGUGAAAUGCUCAAUAUCUCUCCCGCGACAGGCCCAUGAUCUACCAGU